GUCUGAAUGCCGCUCUGUCCACGGAAGUAGAAUUUGGAGUAUGCACAGUUACAUGUGGGAUUGGCAUUCGAGAAGUUCUGUUAACCAGUGGAUGCCUGGGAAUACUAAUUUCUGAAGGCCUUGCCUGUGUAAAGAUGCCUUAUAUUUCUAUACCUCCUUCUAUGCUUCAAUUUAAAUAUAUUUGGAAGAUGUUAAUUCCAAACAAGGUGACACACAUUCUUCCCAAUGGUUCAGCUAUUAUGGAAGUUUGCAGAGAUACCCAUUCAGUUACUUUCCAGUGUGAAACUCAAUAAAAUGGAAAUAUAAUAGCCUCUGUAAAAUACACAGUCUACGCAACAACAGAAAUGCAAACAAAAAAAUCAGGCAGGAUAGAAAGAGGGCAAUCAAGGAGAACAACGACAAACACCAUUCUGGUCUUUUCCCUGGUGACUGGAAUCACUGUGACUGUUGGUGUGAUCUUUGCCAUGAUCUUUAUGAUUCUUCACUGGUCUGUUGUAAAAUCUAUUUGGGAAUCAAAAUCUGGGCAAGACAUCCAAGAUAAGAAACUGACCAAGAAAAGCUCACUAUAUAGCAUGGAAUAA